ACUGUAUCAAAGUACGCUGUUUUUUGUACCAAGUUCCUAAGAUGUGCUAUAGAGACCUUGAAAAAUGUGAAAGCCAAGGGAAAUGACCUUAUUGAGGUCACAGAUGCCUUGAAACUACGUAAGAUGAAGCAUGUGAACAUCUUUAGUUGCUGUUUGGGAGUAAGGUCUUUUCUCAGUUCCUAAUAUAAGCUUAAUGCUUACUGUUAAAAUGGGACCAGCUUCAAAACCUUACUAAUAAUGAAAAUGAGUUUUAUUUAUAACACACACACACUUAACACACAUACAUACUUUAUUAUUAUUAAUAAUCUACAUUUACAUAAAGUCCAUUUCCGCCCGCAAAUAGCAGGUGCUAGUCGAAGCAAGCGGAGAUAAUAGGUACAGCAGUCAGUAAUAAAUUACCAACAAAUGGAUGAAUAAAUAAAUGAAUAAAUAACUAGAUAUAUAUAAAUGAAAUAACGCUUAAACAUAAAUUAAUAACAUUUACAAAAUCAACUACUUGAAACUCGAAAAAUUAACUGCGACACUUAAUUAAGAUAUGUAUAAUUAUAAAUUAAACUCUGUAUUUGCUCGAUAGUUAGCUAUUUUUUGAAGCAGAAUGGGCAAGUCAUUCGUCCUCGGCCUCUAAUAACGAAAAUAACAUGUCAUUGAUAUGUUUUUUGAAAGCUCUCUUGGGGAGGUGAUGAAGUUCACCGCAUAUUAAGUGCCAAAGCUUAGCUCCAAACCCAGCAGAAGAACCAUGGUUUUGAUUCAGUGUCGAUCGGUUAAUAUAAAAAUUGCAGGAGGAGGAGAACCUGGUCUUGUGAUUAUGCUUUUCAUUGGCUUUAAUGAAAAGGUUACCAAUGUUAGUGAGAACAGUUAGACAUGAGACAUCAAGCAUUAUUGGGGAAACUGUUUCAACGUAUAACAUAUUUAAAGAAAGGAUUUUUUAGGAGGUAAAUAAAGGCACCGCAUGUGCUCUUGGUUCAGAAAAAUACAUCAACCAAGGGACACGUUUUUGUAGCACAUGGAUUUUUUGUAAAUGGGAUUUAGCAGCUUGACCCCAAGCAGCUAAGCCAUAGGAUAGGUACAUGUAGGGUAGUAUCAAAGAGCGAUAAAUACUUAAUAGAGUGGUAAAAGGGACGAGGUGCCGAAGACGGGCAAAAAGUCCAAUAAUAAUGUAGCACUAAAAAUAAGUAGAAUUAUUUUACUUAUUUUUAGUGCUACAUUAUCAAUGUGGUAUUUCCAGCUCAAAUGACUAUCCAGUAAGACACCUAGACAUUUUACGUGAUCCUUACACUCAAGGGAAGUGAGAAUGUGAUUACUGUUAUCAAACAUUAGAAUAUUGACCGAAUGGUCCAUCUUAUGUUGGUGAGGACGAAAGAUAACAAAGUUUGAUUUUUUAGCAUUUAAUGUUAGCUUAUUUGUGUUGAGCCAAUCCGAGACUCUGACCAGUUCAUUAUUGACCAUUGACCAAGAGAUUUAAGAUUUUUGUCGGCAUACAACAAAUUUGUGUCAUCUGCAAAAAGGUAAAACGAAAAUUUCAAUGAAGAGUAAAACUUUACAACCUACUUAUGGUCUGGGACUCCCAGGUACAUGCAACACAUUUUACAGUGGAAGGAAAUAGCAUUUUCAACGUGGUGUAAGUAGGGCACAACAAAGUGCUAUCUGAUAAUCCAGAGCCAGUAAGGCUUAAAUAUGGGUCAAAUAUAAGUUGUCCGAUAAGUAAACCAUAAAAGUUAGUUGUAACUUGCAAAUUGUUUUGUUCAUAUUUCAGUGGGGACACUCCUCAACAACACUUUAUCACUCCGUAAUGGAAACUACCUGAGGUUUAUCCCUUCAGUAGAUCAGCUUGCUAAAACACUUUACCUUAUUGUUGGUCAGCUCGUUGCCAAGGCACAGUUUGAAAGGGCUCUGGAUCAUGCUUAUGACCUAUAUAAAUUCAUCCAGCUUCUUAAGGCAUGUAAGAGCUAUGACAGUGAAAAGUUGGACAAGGAAAUUGGAUCACUUUGUUUACGUUCAUAUGAUUUGUUACUUCAAGGAGCAGGGAAGCUUGAGGAAGCAAAAGUACCUCCAGGGGAAAGACCAUCGCACUUGUGUGUUGUCUUAGACUGGAGAAAGCUCUCAUUACUUUUUCAAGCAGAAUCAGAUGUGCAUUCUUCACUAAAAACCUUAGUGGAUAGAACUCUGAAAUGUGGGACAAAAGUUCAAGUGGAUUGUGGGCUCAAGAAUGUUUAUUUUAAAACCUUAGCAAGCUUCUUUGAAACCAUUUUUAGUGCACUCAUGAACAAGCAAGAACAACUGAUUGCAAAUGGACAAGAAUUUACAGUACUCUUAGCUGAACUUGGAUUUCAUUAUGGCAGAAUUUGUAAUAAGGCUAGAAACUCAACAGAAGCUUUGGCUGUGUUUGAUAAACUG